CUGGAGGCUCACUGCCGCAGACAGAGGCGCCAACAGCCAUAUUUAUUAGGCUUGGCUUCCCGGCCUGAGAAAGACUGUGCAAACACUUUCAUUCAAAUUCUUCAGAACAACAUAGCUCUUUCUGCAGACCAACAUGGCUCCCUCCGCCGCAACCGACGCAGAGUCGCAAUGGCUCGCCCAAGUGGCUGCGAUGAAGGCUGCGAUAGCCGAACUCAAGCUGCCUAGCCACUCAGUCAACGGUGACACAUCCGCCAGCACCGCUGGUGAAGACGAUGAUGACUUCGACCUGAGCUCUGCCAGCGGCGAGACCCAUGACGUGUGGGAUUUCAUCUCCGACUCCGAGUUGGACGAGCUUGGCCUUGACAGCGGUGACUUGAUGGACGGGACAGAUGGGGUUGACCCGGAGCCUCCCUAUGGUCCCCGAUGGUUUCUAGAGAGGUGUACAGCUGUCUCGACACACAGAGACGGACUGCCAGCCGAAUCCCUUCAGUUGCAGAUUUUGGAAGCUCUCAAGUCCAACCAGAGGGAAGAGGAGCUGCAGUCCCUCCUGACGGACCUGGUCGGCUUUGAUGACCUGGAGUUCGUCAUUGAUCUCAUUUCCCACAGGGACGAGAUCAUCGUUGCCAUGGACCAGGCCGAGCAACAUCAUGCCGAGGACCAGCCCAUGGGGCGUCUUCUGACCAAGGCCGAGAGAGAGUCAAGACUCCGGAAGCAGGACUUGCUUCACAAAACUGCGGCACUCGGCCCUGCCACGGCAAAAGAACCGCAAUACCCCCACGUGUACAAGACCUUUUCUGCCGGCAACUCCCUGAAUCACGCUGGCAAGAGGUACGCACUGCCAGUUGGCAGUGAACGGCUUCAGUUCGACAAGUAUGAAGAGUACGCCAUCCCUGCAGGCAAGCCUGGGACCUUGUGGCCAGGGCAGAAGCUUGUCACGAUAAAAGAGCUGGAUGGGCUCUGUCGAAAUACCUUCCGGGGCUACAAGACACUCAAUCGAAUGCAGAGUCUUGUCUAUCCUGUGGCCUACAAGUCAAGCGAGAAUAUGCUCAUCUGCGCCCCGACCGGUGCUGGUAAAACAGACGCUGCGAUGCUGACCAUCCUGCAAACCAUCAGGCAAUAUUUGACCCCUGACCCCUUCGAAGAUCAUGCUGCAACAGACUUUGCCGUCGACGCAGACGACUUCAAGAUUGUCUAUGUGGCUCCCAUGAAAGCCCUAGCCGCUGAAAUUACCGAAAAGUUCAACAAGCGUUUGUCAUGGCUCGGCAUCCGCUGCCGCGAGUACACUGGUGACAUGCACUUGACCAAAGCCGAGGUCGUGGCCACCCAAAUCAUUGUCACCACACCAGAGAAGUGGGAUGUGGUCACGAGAAAGGGCACCGGAGAUACGGAGCUUGUGCAAAAGGUCAGACUCCUGAUCAUCGACGAAGUACACAUGCUGCACGAUGAGCGCGGCGCUGUCCUGGAAUCCCUCGUUGCUCGUACCGAGAGACAAGUCGAGAGCACACAAUCUCUCAUCCGGAUCGUCGGUCUUAGUGCGACGCUCCCUAACUACAUCGAUGUAUCCGACUUCCUCAAGGUCAACCGAUACGCCGGGUUGUUCUAUUUCGACGCCUCUUUCCGUCCAGUACCUCUAGAGCAGCACUUCAUCGGUGUCAAGGGGAAGGCCGGUUCCAGACAAUCCAGAGAGAACAUUGAUACUGUGGCAUUCGAGAAAGUGAGAGAAAUGCUGGAACGGGGCCAUCAGGUGAUGGUAUUCGUCCACUCCCGGAAGGACACCGUUGCAACAGCAAAGAUGCUUUACGAGAAGGCAGUUGAUGAUGUCUGCGUUGAUCUAUUCGACCCAUCUGACCAUCCUAAGUACGAUGCUGCGGUCAGGGAUAUGAAGUCUUGCAGGGCAAAGGAGCUACGAGAUCUGCUACCCAAGGGCCUAGGUGUACACCACGCAGGCAUGGCAAGAUCAGAUCGAAACAUGAUGGAGAGACUCUUCUCCGAAGGCGUCCUCAAGGUGCUUUGCUGUACAGCUACUCUCGCUUGGGGUGUCAAUUUGCCGGCUGCUGCUGUGGUUAUCAAAGGCACUCAGGUGUACAGCGCUCAGGAGGGAAAAUUCGUCGAUCUGGGAAUUCUCGACGUGCUCCAGAUCUUUGGACGUGCUGGUCGUCCACAAUUCGAGGACACCGGUAUUGGUAUGAUCUGUACAACCCAGGACAAGCUGGCUCAUUACCUCACCGCUGUCACGGAUCAACUCCCCAUCGAGUCGAAGUUUUCAGCGAAGCUCGUGGACAACCUGAACGCAGAAGUUGCUCUGGGGACAGUGACGUCUAUUCCAGAGGCAGUGCAGUGGAUAGGGUACUCUUAUCUCUUUGUCCGCAUGAGGCGAAACCCGAUGGCAUACGGCAUUGACUGGAAUGAAUUCCAGGAUGAUCCUUCGCUUGUUCAACGCCGCCGUCAGCUGGCUAUACAAGCUGCAAAAACUCUUCAGCAAUGCCAGAUGAUCAUAUACAACGAGACGACUGAAGAGCUUCGCAGCAAGGAUAUUGGUCGUAUUGCCAGCCAAUACUAUAUUCUGCACACCAGCAUCCAGAUAUUCAACACGAUGAUGCAGCCAUUCGCCACGGAAGCGGACAUCCUGAAGAUGAUCGCCAUGAGUGGCGAGUUUGACAACAUCCAAUCGAGAGAUAAUGAAAGCAAGGAGCUGUCGCGCAUGAGGGAAAACGAGCAUAUCGUGCCCUGCGACGUGGACGGCGGCAUCGACCAGGCCCAAACCAAGACCAAUAUCCUGCUGCAAGCUUUUAUUUCAAAGGCCCAACCAGAAGACUUCGCUCUGACCAAUGAUCUCAACUAUGUCGCCCAGCAAGCCGGUCGAAUCUGUCGUGCGCUGUUUAUGAUCGCACUCAACAGGAGAUGGGGUCAUGAGUGUCUGGUUCUGUUGACGUUGGCAAAGUCUAUCGAAAAACGGGUUUGGCCCUUCCAGCAUCCUCUUCACCAGUUCGAGCUCUCCAAACCGAUCCUCAACCAGUUAGACGCCAAGGAGUCUCUCACCAUCGAAGCUAUGCGCGACAUGGAGCCUGCCGAGAUAGGCGGCCUUGUGCAUAACCAUGGAGCUGGUACCAAGAUCGCAAAGAUCCUGAACAACUUCCCGACUGUCAGCGUAGAAGCAGAAAUAGCGCCUCUGAACCGCGACGUACUGAGGGUCAAGCUCUAUAUCUACCCUGAUUUCAAGUGGAACGACCAUGUGCAUGGGACUUCAGAGUCGUACUAUGUCUGGGUCGAGAAUUCGGAAACCUCAGAGAUAUACCAUCAUGAGUUCUUCAUCCUGAAUCGUAGGAAGAUUCACGAGGACCAUGAGAUGAACUUCACGAUUCCUCUCUCUGACCCACUGCCCAACCAAAUUUACCAUCUUAUCAGACCAGACACAGAGAGCGUGUACACCGACCUGCUCAACCUCCAGCCCCUCCCGAUCUCUGCCCUCAAGAACCCUGGGCUUGAGGCAAUAUACUCGGAGCGCUUCCAGUACUUCAAUCCCAUGCAGACUCAGAUCUUCCACACCCUGUACAAUACCCCUGCGAAUGUCCUCCUGGGCUCACCAACAGGCAGUGGCAAGACCGUGGCGGCAGAGUUGGCCAUGUGGUGGGCGUUCCGUGAAAAGCCAGGCUCCAAGGUUGUGUAUAUUGCCCCCAUGAAAGCCUUGGUCAGAGAGCGUGUCAAGGACUGGGGGGCUCGGCUUGCGGGGCCCCUUGGGCUGAAGCUUGUCGAGCUGACUGGUGACAACACACCGGAUACGAGGACCAUCAAAGAUGCCGACGUCAUCAUCACCACGCCUGAGAAGUGGGACGGUAUAUCUCGUAGUUGGCAGACGAGAGGCUAUGUCCGCCAAGUCAGUCUCGUCAUCAUCGACGAGAUCCAUCUCCUGGCUGGUGAUCGUGGUCCUAUUCUUGAGAUCAUUGUUUCUCGCAUGAACUACAUCGCAUCGUCGACCAAGGGCUCGGUCAGGCUGCUGGGAAUGUCGACUGCUUGUGCCAACGCCACCGACCUAGGGAACUGGCUAGGCGUAAAGGAGGGUCUCUUCAACUUCAGGCACUCCGUCCGCCCUGUUCCUCUGGAGCUCUACAUUGACGGGUUUCCCGAGGUCAGAGGAUUUUGCCCACUCAUGCAGUCUAUGAACAGACCAACAUUCUUGGCUAUCAAGAGUCAUAGCCCCGACAAGCCGGUCAUUGUGUUCGUGCCUUCGCGAAGGCAGACACGACUCACCGCCAAGGACCUGAUCAAUCUCUGCGGUAUGGAAGACAACCCAAGGCGAUUCUUGAAGAUGGAAGAGGAAGACCUUCAGCUCAACCUUGCUAGGGUCAAGGACGACGCACUGAAGGAGGCCAUCAGCUUUGGCAUUGGGCUGCAUCACGCUGGUCUCGUCGAGUCGGAUCGUCAGCUUGCCGAGGAGUUGUUCUUGAACAACAAAAUUCAGAUUCUCAUCGCGACCAGCACUCUUGCGUGGGGCGUGAACCUUCCUGCUCACCUGGUCGUUGUCAAGGGCACUCAAUUCUACGAUGCCAAGAUUGAGGGCUACAGAGACAUGGAUCUCACCGACGUGCUACAAAUGCUCGGCCGAGCCGGGCGACCCCAGUUUGACAACUCGGGUGUUGCUCGAAUUUUCACUAAGGAGGCUUCCAAAGAUUUCUACAAGCACUUCCUGCACACUGGCUUCCCUGUCGAGUCUUCACUGCAUACCGUUCUCGAUAACCAUCUCUGCGCCGAAGUUUCUGCGGAAACAGUCAUCAGCAAGCAAGAUGCGCUUGACUAUCUUACGUGGACAUUCUUCUUCCGGCGUCUACACAAGAAUCCAUCUUACUAUGGGCUUGAGAUCGCGGCAGACGAGCACAAUAGUAUAGCCGCCCAGCAGCUUGCCAACGACUUCAUGAUCGAGAUGGUCGACAAGUCACUCAACGAACUUGCACAGUCCAAGUGCGUGGAGGUUUAUCCCAAUGGAGAUGUUGACCCGACACCAAUGGGCAAGAUCAUGAGCUAUUACUACCUCUCACACAAGACCAUCCGCUACCUGGUCAAGCACGCCAAACCGCAGGCCUCCUUCCUCGACGUCCUGACCUGGAUGUGUAACGCCACAGAGUACGACGAGCUACCCGUCCGACACAACGAGGACCUCAUCAACGCCGAACUGUCCCGCAACCUGACGUUCCCGGGAACCUCCUUUGGGCUGCCCAUGUGGGACCCGCACGUCAAGUCAUUCCUCCUGCUCCAGGCCCACAUGUCCCGCAUCAGCCUACCUAUCACGGACUAUGUGGGCGACCAGACCAGUGUCCUGGACCAGGCCAUCCGUAUCAUCCAGGCGUCCAUCGACGUGCUAACGGAGUCGGGGUACCUCUCUAGCGUGCUGCAGAUGAUCAACGUCCUGCAGUCCGUCAAGUCGGCGCGCUGGCCCACGGAGCCACCGCUGUCGAUCCUGCCGAGCGUGGACGCCGAGAAGACCAAAAAUACCACCACGCUGCAGCAGCUCAGCGCCAUGGGCGAGAAGGAGGUGAACAAGCUGGCCCGGGACCUGCACGUGCCGCCAGGCUCCCAGAAGCGCUUCCUCAGGGCGGCCUCGAUCCUGCCCAAUGUCAAAGUCACGGUCGAGGACGUCACUGCGCAGUCGGUGAGCGUGGUCCUGAGGCGGCUGAACGCCCUGGUCGAGCGCGACGCCCGCAUCUACGCGCCUCGGUUCCCCAAGCCGCAGAACGAGGGCUGGUUCGUGGUUGUCGGCGACGUGGCCAAGGACGAGAUCUACGCCAUAAAGCGCGUCGGGUGGUCGCAGGCCGGCGGGGGCAAGCAAGCCGGGGUCGGGUCCAGGCCGUCUGCGAGGACGAGCAUCAAGGUCCCCGAGGCGCUGCAGGCUGGAGGGGCGAGCAAGCUGGAUGUCUUGGUGGUCAGCGAUGGGUAUGUUGGGAUGCGUUAUGAGGUGCUUGGGGUGGAGAUCCCUGCGAAGCCUGCGGUUGAUGAUGAUGUCAGUCGGUCCAAGGAGCUGGCUUCGUCAUAG